AACUUCCGCCAAAUUUAAACGGAAGUAGGUACGUGGCCGCUUCAACUGACAGUCUACAUGAUGGCGACAGAGGUUCAGAGCGGCGACCUCGACAGUGCUACUUCCAGCCGGCUCGAAGUUUCCAUCGAUGGCCUCACCCUCAGCCCGGACCCGGAGGGCGAGCAGACCCAGCUCGAAGAGCCGCGGCCCGAACCCGGGGAACCCGACACCGACACGUCGGGUGCCGCGGGGGGCGAAGAUGGAGAGACUGCUAAAUCCGCGAUAGAGAGGAAAUGGGGCUUUCCUUUGCUGGAGCUCUACGGAAUGGGCCUUAAAUUUUUCAAAGAUAAAGAUGGAAAGGCCUUCCACCCGACCUAUGAGGAGAAGCUUCGCCUGGUGGCUCUGCACAAACAGGUGUUACUGGGGCCUUAUAAUCCUGAUGCUUCACCAGAGGUCGGCUUCUUUGAUGUCCUGGGCAACGACCGCAGGAAAGAGUGGGCCUCCUUGGGUAACCUGGACAAGGAGGAGGCCAUGGUGGAGUUUGUCAAGUUGCUGAACAAGUGCUGUAACCUCUUUGCUCCCUACAUAACUUCUCACAAGAUCGAAAGGGAGGAGCAGGAGAGAAAAAGGAAAGAAGAAGAGGAGCGGCAGCGCCUGGAGGAGGAGGAAAGGGAGCGGCAAAGGCAGGAGGAGGAGAGACGGAGGCUCGUGGAGGAGGAAAGGCAGAGGAGAGAGGAAGAGGAAAGGAGAGAGGCAGAGGAGGAGAGGCUACGCAUUGAGCAGCAGAAACAACAGAUUAUGGCGGCGCUGAAUGCUCAGACAGCGGUGCAGUUCCAGCAAUACGCUGCUCAGCAGUACCCCAACAGCCCGGAGCAACAGCUGGGCCUCAUCCGUCAGCUCCAGGAGCAGCACUACCAGCAGUACAUGCAGCAGCUCUACCAGGUGCAGCUGGCCCAGCAACAGGCGGCCUUACAGAAGCAGCAGAUGCAGGCGGAUUCGAUGGUGCAGGGCACCCUGGAGCCCGGUGGCUUCGGCGGCGGCGAACUGAUCCCCGCCUCAGCCGCAGGGCUGAUGUAUGCGGCCUCACCGCCUGCCAGCGAGGAAGCCCCGACAGUCAAUGGAGGCCAUUCGGACUCGUACUCGGAGAGCAUGGACAGGGAGCCUGAGCCGGCAGAGGAGGUCUCGGAAAACGGGCCUUUAUUAGCAGACUCUCCACCGGUCAUAGCGGCUCCCUCCAUGUGGACGCGGCCACAGAUCAAGGACUUCAAGGAGAAGAUCCGGCAGGACGCGGACAGCGUGAUCACAGUGGGGCGCGGGGAGGUGGUCACGGUGCGGGUGCCCACCCACGAGGAGGGCGCGUACCUUUUCUGGGAGUUUGCCACGGACUAUUACGACAUCGGCUUCGGCGUGUUCUUCGAGUGGACGGACGCAGCCUCCGCUGCAGUCAGCGUGCACGUGUCGGAGUCCAGCGACGAGGACGAGGAGGAGGAAGGUGAGCCUCCCAGCGAGGAGGAGAAGGCCAAGAAGGAGGCGGGGAAGCCUCAGGUGGAUGAAAUUGUGCCGGUGUACCGGCGGGACUGUCACGAGGAGGUGUACGCCGGCAGCCAUCAGUACCCGGGCCGCGGCGUCUACCUGCUCAAGUUCGACAACUCCUAUUCACUCUGGCGCUCCAAGAGUGUUUACUACAGAGUCUACUACACCAGAUAAGCCUGACUACAGACACAGGGGAUCCAAGGAGUGUGUAUGUGUGUCCAGAUAUACGUAUAUACGUGUGUGUGUGUCCAGAUAUACGUAUAUACGUGUGUGUGUGUGUUUGAAGGAAAAAGUGAUACCAGGUCUAUUCUGGACAAAACCACCAGAGGGCGACAAAGAGACUCUUUGGAAGCCCUAGUUUGGAGACUGGACUAAUACGUGUGUGUGUGUGAGUGUGUGUAUCUAAGAUAUCCCAUGCUAGUGUGUGUCAUGGAGCCCUUUCUACUUUUUUUUCAUCACCUGUCCUCGCUGCGCCCCCGUAGACAAAGCUGCAGGGCUUCGAUCUCUCUCUCUCGUAUUGUUUCGAUCACUUCUCGCCCCCGGGCUCCUCUUCAGUCGCCACUGCAACUCUGCACUGUCUAACGUGGCUUGUGGCUACUUCUGCACCGGGUGACGCUUUUGUGACCGUGUUAGUCGGAAGUCUGGGAAGUCCAGCCCUCUUUGAGAGCCACGUUUCAUGUUUGGUGGCAAUCGAUCGUUGUUUAUCCCAGAAGAACACAGACAAUGUUGGAUUAUAGUUAUAUUGCAAAUGUGUGUCAUGACACUAUGCCUUUUCCACAAAGAGCCUUUGGUCUUUGCUGAGUCUCUACACACACACACACACACACACACACACACGCGCACACGCACA